AUGACAUCUAAAUCCCCCCCAUCUCUACACUACCACCACCAGUAUGGCAUGGUUUGGCCGUUUGGAUGGGGUGGCUGUCAUUCCACCACGUGGCCUCGCCUCCUAUGGAUGCUGUGUGUGGGGAUGAGCCCUGGGUCCUGGGCCUCCCAUCAACACUUCCACCCCCACUCCAUCAAGAUCCCUGGAGACAUCACCCUAGGAGGCCUGUUCCCCAUCCACGCCAGGGGGCCUCAUGGCCUGCCCUGUGGGGAGAUCAAGAAGGAGAAAGGCAUUCACCGCAUGGAGGCUAUGCUCUACGCCCUGGACCAGAUCAACAGUGACCCGGAGCUACUCCCCAACAUCACUCUGGGGGCCAGGAUCCUGGACACAUGCUCUAGAGACACCUACGCCCUGGAACAGUCGCUCACCUUCGUCCAGGCCCUCAUCCAGAAGGACACCUCGGACAUACGCUGCUCCAAUGGAGAGCCGCCCAUCAUCCGCAAGCCUGAGCGUGUGAUAGGGGUGAUCGGGGCCUCAGCCAGCUCUGUGUCCAUCAUGGUUGCCAACGUGCUGCGUCUAUUUGAGAUUCCCCAGAUCAGCUAUGCCUCCACAGCCCCAGAGUUGAGUGACAAUAACCGCUACGACUUCUUCUCGCGUGUGGUCCCCCCUGACUCGUACCAGGCCCAGGCUAUGGUGGACAUAGUCAAGGCAAUGGGCUGGAACUAUGUGUCUACACUGGCAUCAGAGGGAAGCUACGGGGAGAGUGGAGUUGAUUCCUUCCAGCAGAUCUCGAGAGAGGCAGGAGGUCUGUGCAUCGCACAGUCUCUUAAGAUCCCACGGGAGCCCAAGCCGGGAGAGUUUGACAAGAUCAUUAAAAGGCUGAUGGAAACUUCCAAUGCCCGGGGGGUCAUCAUAUUUGCAAAUGAGGAUGACAUCAAACGGGUUCUGGAGGCAGCGAAGAGGGCCAACCUCACGGGUCACUUCCUGUUUGUAGGUUCUGACAGUUGGGGUGCCAAGAGCUCCCCUAUUCUAGACCAGGAGGACGUGGCUGAGGGAGCUGUCACCAUUCUACCCAAGAGAGCCUCUGUUGAAGGCUUCGACCAGUACUUCACCUCCAGAUCGUUAGAGAACAACCGUAGAAACAUUUGGUUCGCUGAGUUCUGGGAGGACGAUUUCAGGUGUAAACUGACAAGGCCAGGCAUCAAAAUAGACAGCGAAAAGAAAAAGUGUACAGGAGAGGAGAGGAUAAAUCGUGACACUGCCUAUGAGCAGGAGGGGAAGGUGCAGUUUGUAAUCGAUGCGGUCUACGCCAUGGCCCAUGCCUUACACAGCAUGCACCUGGACCUGUGCCCCGGCGCCAUGGGCGUCUGUGACAAGAUGGAUCCUGUGGAGGGCCGGUUGCUGCUCAACUAUAUUCGUUCUGUGAACUUUAACGGCAGUGCAGGGACAGGAGUUCUAUUCAAUGAGAAUGGAGAUGCACCAGGACGAUAUGACAUCUUCCAGUACCAGAUGUCAAACACUACCAUUCCUGGAUACAGAGUCAUAGGUCAAUGGACCAACAAUCUGCGACUCAAUAUGGAGGAGAUGCAGUGGUCAGGUGGGGACCGUCAGAUCCCUGACUCAGUGUGCAGUUUCCCCUGUAACCCUGGAGAGAGGAAGAAGAUGGUGAAGGGUGUGCCCUGCUGCUGGCACUGUGAGCUGUGUGACGGCUACCAAUACCAGCAGGAUGAGAUGACCUGUGAGACCUGCCCCUUCAACAUGCGCCCUACGCCUAACCGGACGAGCUGCCGGUCCACGCCCAUCAUCAAGCUGGAGUGGCACUCCCCCUGGGCCAUCAUCCCUGUGUUCCUGGCCAUCCUGGGUAUCCUGGCCACCUCCUUCGUUGUCAUCACCUUCAUCCGCUUCAACGACACGCCCAUCGUCCGCGCCUCUGGCCGGGAGCUCAGCUACGUCCUCCUCACGGGCAUCUUUCUCAUCUACCUCAUCACUUUCCUCAUGAUCGCAGAGCCAGGCGCAGUGGUGUGUGCGUUCCGCCGGCUGCUGCUAGGCCUGGGCAUGGCCAUCACCUACUCCGCCAUGCUCACCAAGACCAACCGCAUCUAUCGCAUCUUUGAGCAGGGCAAGAAGUCUGUGUCACCACCUAAGUUCAUCAGCCCCACCUCUCAGCUGGCCAUCACGUUCAUCCUCAUGUCUGUACAGCUGCUAGGGGUGUUUGUCUGGUUCGCUGUGAUACCACCCCAUACCAUCAUAGACUACGAGGAGCAGAGGCCUCCCAACCCGGAGAUGGCCCGGGGCGUCCUCAAGUGUGACAUGUCCGACCUGUCGCUAAUCUGCUGCCUGAGCUACAGCAUUGUCCUCAUGGUGACCUGCACUGUCUACGCAGUCAAGAGCAGAGGGGUACCGGAGACCUUUAACGAGGCCAAGCCCAUCGGCUUCACCAUGUACACCACAUGCAUUGUCUGGCUAGCUUUUGUGCCCAUCUUUUUUGGCACGGCACAGUCCACAGAGAAGAUGUUCAUCCAGACCACCACGUUGACAGUCUCCAUGAGCCUGAGUGCCUCUGUGUCUCUGGGGAUGCUCUACAUACCCAAGGUCUAUGUCAUCAUCUUCCACCCAGAGCAGAACGUACAGAAAAGAAAGCGCAGCUUCAAGGCCGUGGUGCAGGCAGCCACCAUGUCUACUCGGCUCUCCCAGAAGUCCAACGACAAGCAGAACGGAGAGACACAGAACAAGAUCGAGCCAGAUAGAACACAGUAG